AUGCGUGGUUAUCAAAAGUAUCUCUCUGGGUCGGUCUUGUUGGCUACCCUUGGAGGUGUUCAGGCUAAGCUUGACCUGAACUCUGACAAGAACAUUGCCAUUUACUGGGGACAAAAUUCAUUGCAAGGAAAUGGUGGUGAAGUCCAACAGCCACUGGCACACUACUGCGAGAAUGAUGACAUUGAUAUCAUCCCCUUGGCGUUCGACAUGAUGAUCAACGGGCCCGGCGGCGCCCCCGAGGUUGAUUUCUCCGUCACUAGCAAGGACUGCGACGUCUUCCCGGGAACUCAGUUGAAAAACUGUCCCAAGAUUGGUGAUGAUAUUGCCACGUGCCAGAAGAAGGGCAAGACGAUUCUGCUCUCCAUUGGCGGUGCAACAUACAGCGAGGGUGGCUUCAGAUCCGAAGACGAGGCUAAGGCUGGCGCAAAGCUGAUGUGGGAGACCUUUGGGGCCGUUCAACCGGAUUCAAAAGCUCUUCGACCCUUUGGAAACGUCAGUCUGGACGGCUUUGACUUUGACUUUGAGGCCACUGUUCUGCAUAUGGCAACGUUCGCCAAUGAGCUUCGCAGCUUGAUGGACACGGAUAAAAGCAAGCAGUACUUCUUGACUGCAGCUCCUCAAUGCCCCUAUCCCGACCAAGCGGACAAGGAUAUCCUAAAUGGCCCGGUCUCCAUCGAUGCCGUUUUCGUCCAGUUCUACAACAACUACUGCGGCGUAAACAACUUCGACACCGACGCAACGGCCUCGAAAUACAACUUCGAAGAAUGGGACAACUGGGCCAAGACAGUCUCCCAGAACAAGAAUGUCAAGGUUCUAAUCGGUGUCCCCGCCGAUACCACCGCCGCUAGCACGGGAUACGUCCCAGCCUCGAAGCUGGCGCAGGUGAUCGAGUAUACGAAAAAGUUCGAAAGCUUCGGCGGCGUAAUGAUGUGGGAUACCACACAGGCAUACGCGAAUGAUGGAUUUGUUGCAAGCGUGCGCAAGGCACUUGGUGGGCCUGAUUCCGGUUCGUCGUCGCCGUCCACCGACCCGGCGUCGACCGCCGUGUCUACUCCUUCGUCCACUAACUCGUCGGAGACCUCGCUAUCUACCAAUGCACCCGGCUCCUCGUCCUCCUCUUCCUCAUCCUCUGGGUCUGCCUCAUCGUCCAGUGGUCCUGAGGAGCCCACCGUCACGUCAACUCCUGCCCCGGCACCUACUGCACCAGCACCGACUGCUGCGCCAGCACCGACCGCUGCGCCCGAACCGCCCGCGACAACUUCGUCGACUACGACUACGAAGGCACCUACUCAGCCCUCGCCGCCACCCGCCGACGAUGUUAUCGAUGACGACGACUUUGACGACGACGACUUUACCUCCGAGGCUCCCGCUGAAGACACCAACAAUGCUGGAAGUAACGGUCCCAACAACGUUAACAACGAUGACACUCCCAAGCCUGAGGACUCUCCUAGCAAGAAUCCUCUUGGUGUCAUUAGCCAGGAUCUCUUCGGUCUGCUGCAUGGUCUGAAGGAUGCUAACACCAUCACUGGGGGUAUCACUCAUGGUCUCACCAAGCAUCUUCGCCGUGCCCGCCGUAUCGGGUAUUAG